CACCUGCAGCUAAAGGGGUGGAGACACCUGCAGCUGAAGGGGUGGAGACACCUGCAGCUGAAGGGGCGGAGUCACCUGCAGCAGAAGGGGUGGAGACACCUGCAGCUAAAGGGGUGGAGACACCUGCAGCAGAAGGGGUGGAGACACCUGCAGCAGAAGGGGCGGAGUCACCUGCAGCCGAAGGAAUAGAAUCACCUGCAGUUGAAGGGAUACUGUCACCUGCCGCAGAAGGGGCGGAGUCACCUGCAGCUGCAAAGGACAGCGCCGACAGCAACAGCCUCAAAGAGUCGGAGCCCCAGACGGACGCGACAGGAAGUGAAGUUGCCGAGGCGACGCUUUCUCAAUGCGACAUGGCCGAGAAGCUGAGCCGGCAGCUGGAGGACAUCCUCAGCACGUACUGCCGGGAGAGCCUCUCGGACGACGCCGGCGCGGUGCCCAACGGCCCGCCGCGCGGCCCCGAGCUCAACGGCCUGGGCGGCGACGGCAAGCCGGAGGGCAAAGUCCACGUCGCCGGAGGGCAGAAGGAGCAGAAGAAGACGCAGGAUAAGAAGAAAGUGAAGGGUCUGGGCAAAGAGAUCACUCUUCUCAUGCAGACUCUGAACACACUGAGCACCCCGGAGGAGAAGCUGGGAGGCCUUUGUAAGAAGUAUGCCGAGCUGCUGGAAGAGCACCGCAACACCCAGAAGCAGAUGCGCGUGCUGCAGAAGAAGCAGAACCAGGUGGUCCAGGAGAAAGACAACCUGAGGAACGAGCACAGCAAGGCGGUCCUGGCUCGCAGCAAACUGGAGAGCCUCUGCCGAGAGCUGCAGAGACACAACCGCACGCUCAAGGAGGAGGGCACGCAGAGGACGCGCCUGGAGGAGGAGAAGCGGAAGGAGGUGACCUCCCACUUCCAGGUGACGCUGAACGACAUCCAGGCUCAGAUGGAGCAGCACAACGAGAGGAACGCCAGCCUCCGCCACGAGAACUCCGAGCUGGCCGAGAAACUGAAGAAGCUCUACGAGCAGUACAAGCUGCGAGAGGAGCACAUAGACAAAGUGGUGAAGCACAAAGACCUGCAGCAGCAGCUGGUGGACGCCAAGCUGCAGCAGGCCCAGGAGCUGCUGAAGGAGUCGGAGGAGCGCCACGACCGAGAGAAACACUUUCUGCUGAAAGAAGCGGUGGAGUCUCAGAGGAUGUGUGAGCUGAUGAAGCAGCAGGAAGUUCACCUCAAGCAGCAGCUGUCGCUCUACACGGAGAAGUUCGAGGAGUUCCAGACCACCUUGUCCAAGAGCAACGAGGUCUUCACCACCUUCAAGCAGGAGAUGGAGAAGAUGACUAAAAAGAUCAAGAAGCUGGAGAAGGAGACGGCCAUGUACCGCUCCCGCUGGGAGAGCAGCAACAAGGCGCUCCUGGAGAUGUCGGAGGAGAAAUGUGUGCGUGACCACGAGUUCGAGGCGCUGCAGGGUAAAGUCCAGCGGCUGGAGAAGCUGCGGCGGGCGCUGAAGGUCGAUCGCAACGAGCUCAACAAGAAGGUUCAGAGCCUCAUCGGUAAGGGCGGCGCGGCGGCGGCGGGAGUCCCCGCCGCCGACCCGGGCGCCGAGUCCCCCUCCCCGCCGCCCACGGACUCUCUGCCGGAGCCCAGCGGCCACCCGGUCCGAGACUCCGCCCCCUGCGCCCGGUCCUGCCAUGACCCCGGACUGGACACGGAGGCCGGGGCGCCGCCCGUCGCCACUCGGGAAUGAAGCUCCGCCUCCCACUCCAGUGUGUGUGUGUGUGUGUGUGUGUGUGUCCUCCCGAAUACACGUCUUUCCUUCCAGCUGAAGUCUUAACGUGAAGAUGAUCAUUUUCUUUGGCCAGUGAAAUUCUUUAAAAACGUAAAAUAUUAUCUCGGAUUCUACAAAAUGAUUGAAGGACGUUUCUCAUUCUGACUUUCCCCGUUCUCACCUGUGGACGGUUUUAGGGAAAUGUUUUCUUUCCUUUCAUGUCUGCGUGCGUCUCACUGCUUCUCUUUGUUUUUUCGGGCAUUUCUUCUGGUCUGUAUUUAUUGUUUUGAAGCAUAAUCUCUGGAUAUGUAAAUGUACGUACCUUCCAGAGCACCACUAUGAGAUUAAUCCGUUUAUUUUUACACGUGUAAAAAGAUGUCGAUUUUAUGACUUUUCCAUUCCUGACCUCUGAGUUCUGUCGUCGGCUGCAUUAAUUUUUACAUGUUUUUCAAUCUGCUUAAAACAUGACGACCACUUGAAUCUCGUUUGUUUGUUCGUGGUUCCCGUGGCGAUGACCGUCUCCUCCCAGCCCUGGUAACUGCAGCCGCUCGUAAUCAGGGUUUCCACUAGAGAAUGUUUAAGGACCUCUAUGCAACGCUCGCCUCUUGGUUUAGUUUAUUUCUGAGGCUGAGGAUGUGUCUUCAUCAUCUCCACUGUCCUGCGUGGAUGUUUUGUGUAAACAUGCAACAUAUCUCACAGCAGAACAUUUAUUUUUUCUUCCUUAUUACCUUAUUAAAAUGCUCACGAUAGUCGAGGGGGAGGAGUUAGAGGAGAGAAAAUGUUAUUGGACUUCUGAAUUGUAGUUUGACUCUCAAACGUGUAGUUCUCUUCAGUCUUAAUGUGGAGCAUUGGUGUCACCGUAGAGUCGUUUUUAAAAUGUCCAUAGAAAUGGCGGACGUAUUAUCUUCCAAUUGUACCACGGGACAGAUUUAAUGAUACCUCUGGUCCCGCGGUAUAGAUGUGGAGGGUUAUUGACCGUGAGAAGGAGCCAAAGACGUUUCCUCUUUUUGUCUUUUGUUUUUAGCCGGCCCUGUAUAUUUAGUUUAUUGGUAAAUAAAAGAUGUAACGUGUA